AUGAUUUCUAAUAUUAUUGAACCAUUACCACGAUUUUUUACUAUUCGCUUUGGUCGUAAAAUAAAAGUAGAUAAUAAUGAUGAUACUGAUGAUGAAAACAAUGAUAAUCACAACGACAAUAAUCAUGAACAGAAAGUUAAUGAGGUUGUUCAAUCAUCAAAAGUAUCAACAAAUGAAGAUCACAGUUCAUCAAUUGUUAUAUCUGGUAUUCGAAAUCGUGAUUGGAGUUUUUAUGAUGAUCUUCAGAGUAUCAAAGAUACUAAUAUGCCUGAUAUUAAAUAUCAGUUCAUACCAUCAACUAGUAAUACAAUGAGAAAUCGUUCAGCAAAUUUUAUGAUUGAUAAUGAUGGUAGUCAAUACGAAGAAUAUGAUCUUGAUGAACAAGAUUUUCAAUGGCUGAUGGGAUACAAUCAAUUUCGUAUUGAAAAACAUUUAUCUGAGCUUGAUGAAAAUAUUUUUGAAUAUAUUAUGCAAUUACUCGAACGUCAAUGUUUGUUGGCUAUUCGACAGAAAAACUAUGAAGAGACAAUUCAAUGUGAUGCAUGCCAUCGUGUUGAUGAUGUUUAUGAUCUUAUUCAAUGUAUUCAGUGUAAAACUAUUGUUCAUAAGAAAUGUUUUGGAAUUAAUGAUGAUGAAAAUGAAUGGUUAUGCUUUUCAUGUCAAUCCGGAAAUGAUCCACACGCAUGUUGUAUUUGUGAUAAUAGUGGUGGAGCAUUAAAAAUGUUGAAGACACGUAACCAACAGGAGCAAGGAUGGGUUCAUCUUUCAUGUGCAUUUUGGAUAUCUAGCAUUGAAUUUGAUGAAAAAAUGGCACCAUUUUUAAAAGAUACUCUUAAAUAUGAUGGACGUUGUUUGAUAUGCAAUAAAACAGCUGGUGUAAAAAUUAAUUGCUGCUGGAAGAAUUGUCAAAAUCGAUUUCAUCCUUUGUGUGCCAUUGAAGCUGGUCAAGAUAUGCUUGUAGCUGAAAGUGAUAGUAAACUUUUAGUCCGAUUACUUGCGCUUUGCCAUCGACAUAGUACAAAAUUUGAUUUGCCAGAAAAACGAGCACAGAAGUAUAAAUUUCUAGAAAAUGAACAAAAAAAAUUUGAUCAAUUUGCAUCGUAUACUAAGUUAGAUAGAAUUCAAAAAGAAACAUUAAUUCUUCCGGAUGUUCUUGAAAGUAUUCAUACGUACUGGACUCUUAAACGACAAGCAAAUAAUUGUCAACCUUUAAUCGAUAUACCACAUGAUGUUUUCUAUCAUGAUUAUGAUAGAAAAGUUAAUUUAAGUGACUUUUCUGCUCGAUAUCAUCUCGAACAUCAAGAUCAAACGAAAAAUAAUCACAACGACACAGCGAAUGUAUUACAAUUUCUAACAGCAAAUGUGACGAAAACUACACCAUCGAAUAAUAAUCUAUUUAUUAAUUUUGCUAAAUGGCAUCGAAUACAUUUUAUUAAUUAUGAACGAAAUCGAUUUUGUUUGUUAGAUGGUGAUAAAAAGAAACUAGACGAUUGUUUUGAAUAUCCAUCAUCUAUCAAAGAAGGUUUUUAA